AUGUUUGAUUGCUUUAUAUAAAUUUCUACAACUGGAGAAUUGCAUUAGGUUGUUAAUAAUAUAUAUAAUUAUUUCAAAAAACCUUAAUUACCUUCUACUUCCAAUUCUUUCGAAGGUUCUUAUUUUUAUAAAAGUGAAAAUUUGGGAAUUUCUGUAGAAUAUCAACAUAUUGGAAGUUAAAAUGUGGCUAAUAUUUAAAUAAGUUCGGCAAAUCUGAAUGCAAAAUUAAGUCUAUUUAAAGACGAUAAACACGAAGAAGUUGUAAUGGUAAGUCCUUUAAAUGCUUAAGGUUCGAUGUUUUAUUAUAAUACGAAAUCUUAUUGCUUAAAUGUUAAGGGAGAAGUAAAUUUUAAGAAUAAAAUUUUUAAUUUGGAAUAGUUAAACAGUCUUGGAGGAAGAGAUAUUGGGAGAGGAGUUUGGAAUUAUUACUCUUUUUGGUUUUGGGCACAUUUCUAAGGAUUUACAAAUGUGAAUGGGAAAAAAGUUAGUAUAGGAAUUAAUUUAGGAAAUGGGUUUGAACAUGAAAGUACUAAUACUUAUGAAGAUUCAGUUAUUUUAGGUGAUGAAAACUACUUUGUUAUUUAGUCGCAUUUUAAGUAAUAUUUUGGAACUAUUAGUGGAUGGUUUAUUGAUGAAAAUGGAAAUAAAAUUAGUUUUGAAAAUAUUUAAGGAUUAAGUGAAUAUCAUAAAGCUAAAUGGUGA